CUCAACAAAUACUGAACGGUGCGUUUGAAGUUACGCGGCUUCGAACGAAUUCAAAUUUUGAAAACAUUCAUCGCAACAGAAAAUGGGAGAAAACCCGGAACGACAAUGGUGCCUCAGUGACUUCGAAAUCGGAAAGCCUCUUGGAAAAGGCAAAUUCGGCAGAGUCUACGUCGCCCGAGAACGCAAGAGCAAAUUUGUUGUUGCAUUGAAGGUUAUUUCGAAGGAGCAAUUAGAGAAGUACAAAAUCCAUCAUCAACUGAGGAGGGAGAUGGAGAUUCAGUACAGUCUGAAGCAUCCGAACGUACUUCGUCUGUAUGGCUGGUUUCAUGACUCCGAGAACGUCUUUUUAAUUCUGGAAUAUGCUCACAAUGGUGAGCUUUACAAGGAGCUUAGCAGAAAAGGGCAUUUCAGCGAGCAACAAGCUGCCACGUAUAUUUUAAGCCUCACAAAGGCAUUGGCGUAUUGUCACGAUAAGCAUGUUAUUCACAGGGAUAUCAAGCCUGAAAAUUUGUUACUUGAUCAUGAGGGUCGUCUUAAGAUUGCAGACUUUGGUUGGUCGGUACAGUCUAGAAGCAAAAGGCAUACCAUGUGUGGAACCUUGGAUUAUUUAGCACCCGAAAUGGUAGAAAACAAAGCUCAUGAUUAUGCAGUUGAUAACUGGACUUUAGGUAUCCUUUGCUAUGAAUUCCUUUAUGGUGCUCCGCCAUUUGAGGCUGAUAGUCAAGUUGAUACCUUCAAAAGGAUAAUGAAGGUUGACUUAAGUUUCCCCUCUACUCCUUAUGUUUCUUCAGAAGCCAAACAUCUUAUUAGUCGGCUUCUGGUAAAAGACUCUUCACGAAGGCUCUCUCUUCAGAGGAUAAUGGAGCAUCCUUGGAUAAUCAAGAAUGCAAAUCCUAUAGGUGUCUGCAGCUAGUAUAAACUUUUUGUCAGUCAUGUUUACCUGUGGAAUACAGGGAUUGCAGCAGAAUUUGACAUGCUGAUAUUGCAAUGCGAUCACAUAUCUCUGUUUGUCAGAGUUGAUGUCUGUUACCAACUUGAACGAUACUGUCCAUUUCUAUGGGGAUUUGGAAGGUUAGGAAUGUGCACCAAUUAUAAUAUGCAGAAUUAUGGGUGACUUUAAGAAUUCACCGUUCUAGUGACAAUAUUGUGUAUAUUGUAUGAGAUUUGUUUACCAAGUUUCAAAAUUAGUUUCAUAUACACCAUUGAAGAGCACAUGGCAUUCUAUAUGUGGUUGAAAAGGUAUAAAGUUGUCAGAUUGUUCAAAAAUGAGGCAUCAAAUGAGUAAUUCUACUUAUUUUCACUAUA